AUCCCUAUUGAUGUUUGGCACCCAAUUGGCCGCCAUGUUUCUUUGAGACAACGCUACACGCUCAGUGUUUGAUUUCUUAAAAAUUAACUCGUUUACCUGCGUUUACUACUUUGUGAAGUGAAUACUAAACAAUUGCUUAAUCCCAUAGCUUCGGUAAGACUCGCAAGCAUGUCAGACGUGGAAGAUAACAGUGGCCCCAUUCGCAAAACCCGCUCUGGCCGAGCAGUGAAGACGCCGGCCAAGCCCAAGUCUCCGUCGAAACCAGCCAGCCGCAAGCUUCGGAAGAAGCUCGUCGUCAUGGAAGUCGAGGUGUCUGAAGAUGAAGAACUGGAGCAAAUUGAGCCCGCAGAGAAGAAGACCAGAGUUCGCAAGAUAUCCCAGGCUACGCGUACUUCAGAGGAAGAUGCCGCUGAGACCGAAAUGAUCAAGAGGGACGAGAACAUCGCUCAGAUCAACCCGGAAAGCCCUCAAUUGGUGAUCAACGACUUGGCUUUGUUGGGAGAGCCUGCUGAUCCUCCAGAGGAGGAAGAGAAAGCCCCUCAGUCACCAGUGAGGAACCAGGACACAGCGGAACCUCAGCCGGAUCUGAAGACUCUUGAACCAGCCGCUGAAAGCCCAGUGAGGCAGCAGAAGACUCCACCUCCACCCUCAAUGGGGGAUCAGACUUCUCUUCCAAUUGGAGGCGACGAAACAGCAACAGGCGAUGAAAAUGGAGUAGAGCUACAUCAAGACGAAACUGCGGGAGAGCCAAGCGGCCAGGAAGCCCAACCUGUGCAGGAGGAAGAUGUGGUGCAGGUGGAAAAAGUCCGAAAUGACUCGGAUACGUCCGAACUGGACACCUUGUUAGAAGACGAGCAGGACGAGAAAAUGGAUAUCGAUGAAGAACCAAAGGAGGCAGUAGUGAGACAAAACGGCGAUCCAGAAGCUGAAAACAUAUCAGACGAAGAAUUACCAGGUGUUCCAGUGGUGAAAGUGCCCGAGACUGAAGAAGUGUCAGAUGAGGAGUUGCCAGGGCCCAAAAGAGCCGAGUUGCCAGCCGACACUGAGGUGGUGUCUGAAGACGAGCUGCCUGCUACCAAAAAAGACCAAGAAGAAGAGGAGCUGGCUUCGCCACCGAAAAAAGACGCCAAGAGAAAGCUGUCGGAGACUGGCUAUGAUCCCACCUCGCCCACUUCCGAGAACGAGGCACCGCCCAAGAAGUUAAAGGAGGAAAAAGACGACAAGGAUAAGGAGGGUGCAGACGCCAAGCCAGCCAAGCCGAAAAAGCUGCCCGAACUGGACAAGUACUGGAAAGCAGUCAAUGACGACCCCACUGACUUUACAGGUUGGACCUGCUUGCUGCAAUACGUUGAUCAGGAAAGCGAUAUGGAGGCAGCUCGUGAAGCCUAUGACGCGUUCCUGUCGCACUACCCCUACUGCUACGGCUACUGGCGAAAGUAUGCUGACUACGAAAAACGCAAAGGAAACAAAAAGAAGUGCGAAGAGGUGUUUGAGCGAGGGCUGAAAGCGAUUCCCCUAUCGGUUGACCUAUGGAUUCACUACAUCGCCUAUGUAAAAGCCACCAAGGGCGAGGACGAAGAAUACGUCAGGUCGCAGUUUGAGCGGGCGUUGGCGGCCUGCGGGUUGGAGUUUCGCUCCGAUCGGCUUUGGGACUCUUACAUCAAGUGGGAGACUGAUGGGAAGAGGCUGAAUAAAGUUACGGGAAUUUUCGAUAGGCUCUUAGUUACCCCCACCCAAGGAUACACCACCCAUUUCGACAAUUUUCAAGAGCACGUUUCGGCUAAUAAUCCCAGCAAGAUUCUGGACAUGGACGAGUUUAUGGCACUGCGAAAGGAGGUGCGCGCUUUGCUCAAAAGCGAAGAAAAGGCCGCUGAUAACGCUGAUUUGCCGCCCGGCGAUGAAGAUUCCAAACUUUAUACGACAGAGGAGGAGACCAAAUGCAUCAAGGAGAGGAUCGUGUCUAUUCGGAGAAAAAUCCACAAAAAUACCGUCAAUGCAGUGACGGCCCGAUGGAACUUCGAAGAAGGGAUCAAGCGCCCGUAUUUCCACGUAAAACCACUGGAGCGAUGCCAGCUGAAGAACUGGCAAGAUUACCUCGACUUUGAAAUAGAACAAGGCGAUCGCACAAGGAUUAUUGUUCUAUUCGAGCGCUGUCUCAUUGCGUGCGCUUUAUACGAGGAGUUUUGGGCCAAGUUCGUGCACUACCUGGAAGGAAUCAAGGAUAAAGAAUUGCAGCCAAAAAUCCGCGACGUUUAUGAAAGAGCGUGCACAAUCCAUCAUUUGAAGAAACCCAACUUGCAUUUGCAAUGGGCGAUUUUCGAAGAAACAGUCGGCAACAUCAACCGAGCCGCUGAAAUCCUGGUCAAUCUGGAAAAGCAAGUACCGAAUGUGCUACAGGUGGCCUACAGGCGCAUCAACCUGGAACGUAGACGCCAGGAUUUCGAGAAAUGCGGCCAACUGUUCGAGCACUACAUCACCAAUUCCAAGAACAAAAUGAUCUCGAGCAACAUUGCCAUCAAGUACUCCCGGUUUUGCCUCAGGAUAUUGAAGGACUUUGAAAAGGCGCAGGAGAUUCUGAAACUUGCCAUUAGCAAGGACGCGAACAAUCCGCGCCUGUACUUGCAGCUGGUCGAUCUUACGCUGCAGAAGGAGAACAUUAAGGAGGAGGAGGUGUGUGAGGUGAUCGACGAGUUCUUGGAGAAGGACAGUGCAGACGCGGAUCAGAAGGCGUUGUUCGCGCAAAGAAAGCUAGAGUACUUGGAGGAUUUCGGCACGGCCAUUCAGUCAGUUCAAGCUGCUUAUGACCAGUACCAGAAGUUCCAGAAGCUGAGCAAGGAGGCGGCGAAGAAGAAGGAGAGCAAGAGUGACGCAGCUUCGACGUCUUCCAGCAAGAAGGAGAAAACGCCGCAGUCCUCAAGCUCCCAGGCACAGGCGUACGGCAACUACAACUAUGGAACCUCGUCCACUCCAGCUGCAUAUAACUACUCGGGGUCUCAACAGGGACAGUACAACUACCAACAAUACAGUCAGGCUGGCGAUCAGUACCAGUACCAAAACUGGCAAUACCCACAAGGGGGCGCUUAUGGCAGUUACAACCAAUGGGGUGGGUACACGGGCGGCUACGGCUAUUGACCGCCCCCAAACCCAGCUUUAUCACGGUUUUUGCUUUGAGGAUUUCACCAAUCAUUGUUUUUUUACUAGCGUAACCCCUUUUUGUUUAUAUUUUGAACUGGAACUUUGUCAAAAGUUCUUCCUUCUAGGCUAAUAAAUAUGUGACAAGUUGA